AAAAAGCAUGAGCUUCCUUUACAUUGUCGAUUGGUUUCCCGAAAAGGACAAUAUCGUAGAAGCGACGCGAAGAAACCACUUGAUGGCGGAUAUGAUCGUCUCCGCCGCAAUCGACUGUGUGAUCAACAAAUUGACCUCUUCGGACCUUGUACAGUCCGCCGGUGCAGCCAAGCUCCAACCGGAACUGGAGAAAAUGGAGAAAACGCUUACGAAAGUAAAGGCGGUGCUUGCAGAUGCUGAAGAAAAGCAAAUUAGUAACCGUCUCGUUAAGAUUUGGCUUAGAGAGCUUCGAGAUUUGGCUUACGAUGCGGAAGAUAUCCUCGACGAGUUUUAUUUCGAGGUUUUGCACCGGAAACAACAAGUUGAGCAGCGACGGGAGGAGGGGAGCUCAAGUAAGGUGUGGAGUGUUAUGCUCAAAUUUUUGGAUCAUUUGAAUCCUCAUCGUGUCGUUUUUAAUAUGAAAAUGAAGUCUGAGAUUGAGACUAUGAACGCUAAAUUUCAAGAAGUUAUUGAGAAAAAGAAUAGUUUACAACUGAGAGAGAAUGGUGGCGAUUAUACAAGUAGUGAACCGUUGAAAAGAUUACCCACUAGUUCUUUAGUAGAUGAACGUGUAGUGUGUGGUAGGGCAGAGGAAAAGGAGAAGAUUAUUGAAUUGGUACUGAGCGGGGAAGGUUGUGAUGAUAGGGUAUGUGUGAUUCCUAUAGUUGGCAUGGGCGGAGUUGGCAAGACCACUCUUGCUCAGAUUGUCUACAAUGAUAGCAAAGUAGUUGAUUGGUUUGAUUUAAAAGUUUGGUGUUGCGUUUCUGAGGAUUUUGAUGUUGUUAGGGUGACAAAAACGAUUCUGGAGGCAAUAACCAUGAAGGAUUUCAAUCUAAAGGAUUUAAAUUUGCUUCAAGUGGCAUUGAGGGAACAAUUGAUGGGGAAGAGGUAUCUGAUUGUUUUAGACGAUGUUUGGAGUGAGAAGUAUGAGGAUUGGAUUGUACUUCGUCAGCCUUUCCAAGUGGGAUCUCCAGGGAGUAAAAUUAUUGUUACUACUCGUAAUCAUCGUGUUGCAGCAAUUAUGGGUACCGUUGAAGGUCAAUUUUUGGAGGAGUUAUCAUUUGACAAUUGUAUGUCUUUGUUUGCAUUGCAUGCAUUAGGAAGAAGAAACUUUGACGGUCACUUAAAUCUAAAAGACAUCGGUGAGAAGAUAGUUCGGAAGUGUGGAGGGCUGCCAUUGGCUGUAAAAACACUUGGGAGUUUGUUGCACAUGAACCCUGAUCAGGAUGAAUGGGAAAGUGUAUUGAAUAGCAAGAUUUGGUGUUUGUCAGAAGACAAGAGUGGCAUUCUUCCAGCCUUGAGAUUGAGCUACUAUUAUCUUCCUUCCUAUUUGAAGCCGUUAUUUGCAUUUUGCUCAAUAUUUCCGAAGAACUAUGAGUUCUAUCAGGAUGACUUGGUUUUGUUAUGGAUGGCUGAGGGUUUUCUGCCUGAAGUAAGAGGAAAGAAGCAGAUGGAAGAGUUAGACUCUUAUUUUAAUGAACUAGUAUCAAGGUCACUUUUUCAAAGGUCAAGCAUUGAGAACUCGCAGUUUAUGAUGCAUGACCUUGUCAAUGAUCUGGCUCAAACAGUUGCUGGAGAAAUAUGUAUAAAUUUAAAUGAUAAGUUUGAAGGUAACAAGCUACAUCAAAUUGUUGACAAUGCUCGCCACUUCUCAUUCACUCGUCGUGCAUAUGAAGUGUGGAACAGAUUUGAAGUCUUAGGUGAAGUUAACCAUUUAAGAACUUUCGUUGCCUUCCCAAUUCAUACAUUCCCUUGGGCAUGUUGCUACCUGAGCAAGAAAGUCUUAGAUGACUUGCUGCCAAAAUUAAGAUGCUUAAGAGUUCUAUCAAUGAGUGGUUAUCACAUAAGCAAGCUGCCAGAUUCGAUCUCUAGCUUAAAGCAUUUACGGUAUCUCAAUAUGUCUUGCACCGGAAUUAAAUGGUUACCUGAAUCUCUGUGCACUCUCUUGUACCUAGAAACACUUUUAUUGCAUGGCUGCAGAGAACUUAUUAAGUUGCCACAAGGCAUUGGAAAUUUGAUCAACCUUUGUCAUCUAGAUAUUACCAAUACUCCCAAUUUAAUUGAGGUGCCUUUGCAGAUAGGUAAUUUGACUAAUCUUCAGACAUUGUCUAAGUUUAUUUUGGGGGAAGAGUGUGGCUACAGGAUUAGUGAAUUAAAAGAACUAAAGCUUCUUCAGGGGAAACUUCACAUUAUGGGAUUGGAUAAUGUGGCAGAUGUUCAACAUGCAUUUGAUGCUAAUUUAGGAAAAAAGCACAAACUUUUUGAGUUAGGGUUGGAAUGGAGCUGCAACUUUCAUGAUCUUCGGAAUAAGGAAUGUGAAAUGCAAGUUCUUAAUUUGCUAAAACCUUGCACAAGUCUUAGGGAGCUCAGCAUUUUGUUCUAUGGAGGUACAAAAUUCCCCUUGUGGAUAGGGGAUCCUUCAUUUACUAAAUUAGUUCAACUAAAACUGUCUUGUUGUAGGCAUUGCACUUCAUUACCAUCUCUUGGUAAACUACCUUUACUUAGGAAUCUGUGUAUAGAAGGCAUGGAUGCAGUAACAACUGUUGAUUUUGACUUUUAUGGAGAUGGUUCCCCUUUGGCUAAACCUUUUCCAUUUUUAGAGACAUUGAAAUUUGAAGAUAUGUGGGAAUGGGAAUUGUGGUUGUCCUCUAAUGGAAAUAAUGAAGAGGCAGACAAUGUAUUUCCUCAUCUCUUAGAACUUACUUUAUUGAAUUGUCCCAAGUUAACUGGGAAACUACCUAAACGCAUUUGUUCACUUGUAAAGCUCACAAUAUGCAACUGCCCAAUAUUGGAAAAUUCACUCAUUAGCCUUCCAUCCCUUAAUGAGCUGAAGUUAGAAGAGUGCAGUCAGGUGGUACUAAAACACAUUGUUGACUAUGCUUCCUUGACAACACUGAGGAUCAGAAGCAUGGCAGAUAUUUCUUGUUUGCAGGACAUAUUUGUGCAGUCAAUGGGGGUACUUAAAGUUCUGGUGAUUUCUAAUUGCACAAAACUAACGUUUCUGUGGAAUCAGACAACUGGAUUAGAAAAUUUGUUCGGUCUUGAAUGCAUUAUAGUUAAGGAUUGUCCUCAACUUUUGUCAUUAACUGAGAAUGCCCUUGAUGGGUCGUAUAGUUGUUCACAGUUGGAAUUAUCAUUCUGCAACAAUCAGGAGCAACUUCCAUGUGGGCUGCAUCGCCUCCAGUCUCUCAAGGAUUUGUAUGUGGAAUCUUGUCCGAAACUUGCAUCUUUUCAAGAAGCAGGAGUCUUGUCCACACUAAGAUGUCUUGUGAUAAAGAAUUGUCAAUCUCUGAUGUCCCUGCCUGAUGGUAUGAUGAGGUUUAGUUGCAGAACUAAUAUGUGUCUUCUUGAAGAAUUGGAGAUUGAAGAGUGUCCUUUGCUUGAACGCUUCCCAAUAGGUGAGUUACCCAUGACGCUGAAAGUGUUGAAAAUCAGAUACUGUGCAAAACUCCAGUCUCUGCCUGAGGGAUUAAUACACGGGGAUAACAUGUCUCAUCUGGAACACUUGGAGAUCAUUGGUUGUCCAUCUUUAACAUGCUCUCCAUCAGGAAAGUUACCUUUUCGACUUAAAACAAUUAAGAUUUCGGACUGCUCACCAUUGGAACCACUUCCAAAGAGGAUGCUGCACGACAAUGCAUUAAUUGAAUACAAUAAUAUUUGUACCAUUCUGAAAAACUUGCCAGAGUGCCUUAACAGCCUCUUCUUUCUUACUGAAUUAUACAUAAGUAAUUGCUCUGGUCUUAGGUCAUUUCCUGAAGUGGGCCUGUCCCUCCCCAACCUCAGGUCAUUGAAUAUCUAUGACUGUUUUAAUCUGAAAACUCUUCCUGGUGAGAUGCAAAGUCUAAUAUCACUUCAAGAACUAGCAGUAUGCAACUGUCCAUGUCUUGUGUCCUUUCCCCAAGGGGAUUUGCUUCCAAACAUAACGUCCCUUGAAAUUUGGGAUUGUGGAAGUUUUGAACUGUUAAUGUCAGAGUGGAACUUCCACAGUCUAUCCUGUCUUAGAGAUUUAAGCAUUGCUACUGGAUGCUUUAAAAGAAUAGUUACCUUUCCAAAUGAGAAGUUUCUGCUUCCUACAUCUUUAAUAUCUAUUUAUAUUGGGGGACUCCCAAAUCUGGAAUCCUUAUCCACGCAGCUUCAAAGUCUCACAUGUAUAGAAGAGCUAGAGAUUGUUGAUUGUCCUAAGCUUCAGUCAUUACCAAGGGAAGGCAUGCCUUCCACACUUGGAAGAUUCAGCAUUAGGGACUGUCCACUUCUAAAACAGAAGUGCAUACCAAAGUCAGGCAUAUGCUGGCCCAUGAUAGUACACAUCCCAUGCAUGGAGAUGGAUGGCGAAGACAUAUGAGCUGAUUUUAGCAGGUCACUUUAUGCAAUUUUUGGGAUAAGUGCAAGUUGAGAUCUGUCUUUCCAUUUGGAGGAUUGAAGAAAACAAGAAACGGAAAAGAUCUGAAUUAUUGCAGCUGUCAGUGCAACAAACUAACGAUUUGUGGAGAAAAUGGGAAGCACCUAACACCAGGGUGGAAAGUGGAGCAUGGCUUGCAAACAACAUUUGUUUUAUACGGUAUUUGUUAAAGUGACAGCUGGACAGUGUCACUGUUAUGCACAAAUAUAGAGGAGCCAUCAAUCUUGUAUCCCACUACACUGUGGUCCCAGCAGAAGUCUUUUCCUUGCUUUGUAUGGCUAGAGUUGGGGUUGGGCUUGUGUGAGAAAAGACAAUUUGGUCAAAUAGAACAGUCUCCAUGUGCAAGUGGGUGAAUGAAAUUUUUUUUACCACAGGCAAAUCCAUGUGAUGGACUAUUCUCAAAAGCUCCACCUCAUACUUCAAGUUCUUUUGAAGAAAAUAUGUUAUCUACAGUAAUUUCUUUUUCUGCAUUCCAGUGGAUCUGAUGAUUGAUGAGAAACCUCAAACUGUCUCCAUUUAUGUCAUUAAUCUCUGUCAGGUCAGAAAAUUCACUACUACUAUUGUUUUGGACUUGGAGCUUGUCCUGAAACAUUUGGUUUGUGGCAUAAAUGUUGCGGUUCAGGUGUGGAAAAACACCGAGUAGAUGAAUGUGUUUACUGUGAUUCCAAACCUGUAAGAUGAGUGAAUGAAGGAGAAUAGUAGAUCAAACUUGGCUUCAGUAUCUGGUAAUGGAGUAAUCUUGUUAGUUGUUAAAUCUGCUGUUAUUAUGCUUGUGGACAGUGAUACCUAGGAUGGACUGGCAUCACAAAUGAAGGUCCGAACCACCUGGACCUUCAUUGUUUAGCUACAUAUCUUGCUAGCUUGGCCAGGUGGUCCAAGAAUUCAAAAGAACUAACCAGGGCACGACACACAAUCCAUCGCAUGAGAAUGUUUUACUAGCUCAUCUGUGUAUGUUUGAAGUACUGGCCAUCAUGAUUGCUCUUUUAAGGGGUGUUGGUGAAAAAAAUAAUUAGCAAAGGGUUCAUUACCUAAGAGUAGUGUUUUUUUUUUUUUUUUUUUUUUUUAAAUAUAUCAAGACGCAAUGUCACUGGACCCCGCUGGCACAAUGACACUAAAUCUAUGUUUGGAUAUGUAGAAAAUAGGAGGGAUGGAAAAUAACUAUGGAAAACAAUGAAUAUUUUCCCUUUUCUUUAUUUGGAAAGAGAGGAGAGGAGAGGACAAAAUAAAUGAGUGUGCUUUUUGUUUUAAA